UGUGAGUCAGUGUACAAAACAGUUGUUUAUCUACUCAAAUAGUGAUAGAGUUAUUAUUAAAUUAAACAUAAAUAAACAUUAUUAAUAAGAUAUAAGAGCAUUUGUCAAAACAAAGUAGGACACGGACACUAUCAACCUACUUGUUUACAAAAUAUUAUUAUUAUUUUUGUUUACGUGAUGAAUAAAGUAAUGCAAAUUUUUAAAAUAUUCAAUAAUUUUAAUAAGAAAUUCGCAAGGACUGCCGUAGAUUCUGUGAGUAAAGAGGUCCCGACAGAUAAAGGUAUAAAACCUUGGCAUGAAAUUCCGGGACCUCCGUCCCUGCCUAUCAUAGGGCAAUUCUACCAUUUUCUACCUGGUGGGUCACUACAUGUAUUAGAAACAUACCCGGAAGUUGCCUAUAAGAAAUACGGACCAAUCGUUCGACUAGACGCCAUGUUUGGCAGACCACCAUAUGCACUGAUUUUUGAUCCUGAAAGUGCUGCACAGGUUUAUCGAGGAGAAAACUUGACACCAACCCGAACAGGGUUUUAUUCACUGAAGUACUAUAGGGAAGUGUAUGGCAGGAAGAAAGGAGAGCCUGAUAAACCAACAGGAUUGAUAACUGACCAAGGAGAAAAGUGGAAGAAGGCACGUUCCACCAUUAACCCUGUCAUGUUACCGCCGAAGACAGUCAAGCGACAUACCAAGAUAUUAGAUGAAAUUGCUCUGGAUAUGGUUGAACACCUGAAACGAAUACGGAACAAGGAUAAUAAAAUCAAAGGAGAGUUUGACAUACAUAUGAACAUGUGGGCUCUGGAAUGUGUCGGAGCUCUGGCUUUUGGAGGUCGUCUUAAUUGCUUCGACCCUGAUCUUCCAGAAAAUUCACUAAUGAGAAGGAUGAUACAUUGUGUUCACGAAACCCUGGCUUUGUCGAAUGAGCUAGACUUCAAACCGAAUGUCUGGAGAUACAUCUCGACUCCUACGUUUAGAAACGCUAUGAAAGUGUAUGCAGAACAUGAAAGACAUUCAAAAUAUUUCGUCGAACGGGCCAAAGAGAAACUAAAGUCUCCGAAUCAAAACCCGGAUGAAGAAAGAGGUAUGGUGGAAAAGCUUCUAGAAGUUGAUGAAAAUAUUGCUGCAGUAACUGCUAGUGAUAUGUUGCUAGCUGGUAUUGAUACCGUGGCGCAUUCAGUCAUAUCAACUCUGUAUUACCUGGCGAGUAACCCUGAUAAACAACACAAAUUAAGAGAAGAAUCAAUUGCAGGUGAUCAGAAAGUAUAUUUGAAAGCGUGCAUUAAGGAAAGUUUAAGACUAAGAUCAAUUGCUUUCGCCAAUUUGAGAUUGACAACUAGGGAGUACAACUUGAUGAGCUAUAGGAUACCUAAAAAUGUGUACGUAGUGGCUUUUCACAAUCACAUGUGCCUAAUGGAGAACCAAUUCCCGAGGCCUCAUGAAUAUAUCCCAGAGAGAUGGAUCGAGAAAGGGCCCUUAAGUCAUCGGAACGCCCAUCCUUUCGCCUACAGUCCCUUUGGAUUUGGAACCAGAAAUUGUAUAGGUCAUCGCAUAGCUGAACUGGAGAUGGAAACUUUUGUAGCGAGAAUAAUUCAGAAGUUUCACCUGGAGUGGGUCGGCCCGCCGCCGGGGAAGAGGCAGAAGUCUAUCAACUAUGUCGUUGGCCCGUAUAACUUUGUAUUUAAAGACGUUUAGGUCUAAUGAACUAAUAAUUAUAAGUUUUUUUUUUUCAGCUGUGCU